UAACUCACUUCCAUUAAUAGUUUUAUCAACCAUAUUAGCCCUACACGUCCUCAACAUGUCGUAUCAACCUUCUGUAUCCUUUCCAGCUCUGCCUACAAGGCGUACGCUCUUUCCUGGUCGUCCAGAGACUUCUCUAAAGCGUGGUAGAGCGCCUACGAGGUCGGACGAAAACCAACCAACUCUCCCACCUCAUGCGCGUCCUAAGAAGAAGUGCCCUCCCCUCAAGCCCUCUGGAGCGUUUAUGUUUAAAGGAACUAAUCCUCUUUAUGUUCGUACGACUUUUGAGCCUGAUCACACCAAAAUGACGAUAAGUUGUGGCUAUCCUGGAUGCCACGACUUUCCUCCCAAACUAGUCGAUCGAGGGCUACAGUCUACCAAUAAUUAUCGCUCCCACUACAAGAAGUAUCACCCUCGAGUUCCUGUUACAGCUGUAGAAGUCUUAGACGUUACUCAACGCACUAAGAAAAGCGAUCAGUUACCAUCCGAAAAACCUGUCGAACAACAAUCUCAUGACGAACGAUACCGCGUACUGCUUUUAGCUUUCAUCCUAAAAAACAACCUCUCCUUCUCUCUUGUCGAUCAACCCGAAACUCGCGACUUAAUAUCCUUUCUUUCGCCCACUACAAAACAGGUUUCUCGCAAAGUUAUGAUGAUAGAUAUGAAAAAUCUGUACGCGAAGGGAAAGGACAAACAACAAGCUGUUUUUAUAGAGCAACAGUGAGCAUCACAAGCGCUGGUAUCACCGAAGAGUCACCCGCGGAGCAUGAUUCUGCAACCCAAGAAAGACUGCUAAGUCAGAUCAUAUCGCA